AUGAUAGUGUUGAUGGAUGAAUUACAAGUGCACAAUAAACUAGCCGCUCAGGUGGCACAAAGUAACUACAUAGUGUUCGAGCCUGCAGAUGGGUUGUUUGGCUACCAACUGGACAAUGGGAGCUUCACUGGGGUCCUGGGAGAGAUACAGAGCAGCAAGAGGGACUUCUCCCUCGACCUCUCCAUCACGGCCGAGCGAGGAGAGGUUGUCGACUUCACCAUCGGCUACCACUGGGAGCCCCUCACCUUUGUCACUAGCAAGCCUCAGCCUUUGCCACAGUGGCUGGCUCUGGUGCGUCCCUUUCAAGCCUACAUGUGGUUGUGUCUGCUGUUGAUGCUGGCUGCAUCUGGCCCCACCUUCUGGCUUCUCCAAUGGCUAUCAGGUGGCUCCUACUCCCUCCCAAAUGCCAUCUUCCUCACCUUUGGCUCCAUGAUCUCACAGGGUCAAUUGUGGCCCAGAACCUCGGAGGUGCGAGUCUUCUCUGUAUUCUGGCUGCUCUUCUGUUUGGUGGUAGCUGUGUCCUAUGUGGGUAACCUGACAGCCUUCCUCACAGUGCCUGCCCUCUCCCCAACCAUUGACAGUCUGGAGGAUCUUCUUGACUCAAACUUUGUGUGGGGCAUCAACAACUUUGGGGCUGCUGACUACCAGCUCUUCAAGACCAGUAAGGUGCCUCUUUAUCAGAAUAUCUUCCGAGGACUGACAUUUUGUCCGUCUCUAGUGGAGUGCAUGCAGCGAGCCCUGAAUGAGCACUUUGCUUUCAUCUCCUUCAAGACUUACCUGAGAGACGCAAUUGCCAUGCAUUUUAUUGACAAGAAUGGAGAGACUAGGGUGUAUCUGGCCAAGGAUAGUUUCUUCCCUGCAGACACUGGCUAUGCUGUGCAGAAGGGUUCACCAAUCAAAGUGAGUGUCUUAAUUGGAGGCAAAAAUUGUGUGCUGUUGAUCUCUUAGUGUUGAAUUUCAUCCUUAGAAUGUGGUCUUUGUUUUGUUUUAUAAUGGUGGAUAUCUUUCAUUUAAUGGAUUUCAGAAUUAUUUUAUCUGUUGGUAAUUUUUUCAUUCAAUUACUCAUUUCACAAUUCUCAAUCAUAUAAUACAGUACAUGUAUGUGUGUGUGAGUGA